UCCUCGGUUUGUUUGUGUUUUCAACUCAUUCAUGGCGGUCUACCUGUGUGGGGACGUGAUGUGGCACAUGUGUUGAAAUUUCCCUUUUCUGAGUUCAUUUUCUGUGUGGACAUACGGACCAAGUGCUGUACUCAUUUCGAUUUUUCAAAACAUUUACGUUUUACAGGAACUAUAUGGUCGCUGCUGCGGCUGUGUGCUUCUCCUUUCUCAACUACCUAAACCCUUUGCCCAUCAGCGUGGAUAACUGGGAGUUGGAGCAAAGUGCCGAAUCGGAGUAGCAGUGUGAAUUCUCGCUACACUUGCUGGUGGAUAUAGACCCGCACAAACUUUGAUGCCACCUGCUGCUAAGGAAAAUAAUAGGUAACAUUAUGCUUGAUGAACAAGAAGGGAUAGCAGCGGAUCCGAACUCAGCCCCUCCAGAUGUGGUGCACUCGACAGAGGCGGGCCGCCUGAUGCACAUGAUUAACUACGAGCGGUCGGCCACACACCGCAUUCUGAACCAGAUCGACACGACCGUGAACACCACCAUAGCUGGCGGGGGCAGGCACAUGUCCUCCGAUAGUGACGAGCCCAUGACGCCCUACAGUCCUGUACAUGGUGGCCGGCCUCCUGUGGAUGAGACCCCGCCAUUCUCGGCCUCAGGGCGGACCGACUCGCUGAGUUCCCUCUCCUCUGUGUCCACUGUGUCCAGCGAGGCUCCCAUGAUGCACCAGGCCUAUCUGUACCAGCAGCAGCAGGCGCAGCACUUCCAGCACUCCAAGACCACCAAGACAUCCACGGAGGUUAUUGAGAAUCCAGUUCUAGAAAUGGCCACUGCGGAGAUGAAGUACGCCACCAACCCCGUGGUUGAGAUGGGGACCGCUGAGAUGAAACCGCUGCCCCCACCGCCACCAGUCAAGGACGAGUCGACCAGACAGAAAUACUCGACUCUCUUGUCCGCUCAGCUGGCAGACAAUGGGGUUGACCUUCCUGAUUCGGCCAGGCCUCCGGAUAGAAAGCCCCCAGCUCGAGCAUCUCCAGAUGUGAAUCAGAUGUCGCUGCAGUCGGUGCGGGAGGCCAUGGCCGUGAGUCUACAGCGCAUGAGGGAGCUGGAGGAACAGGUCAAGGCCAUUCCUAUACUGCAGGUUCGUAUUUCGGUGCUGAAGGAAGAAAAACGUCUGCUGAACCUGCAGUUGAAGGCCCACAAAGCGAACAGCAAACCGAUGACUCGUACCGUGGGUCUGAACACUGACCGAGUGGACUGGUCAGACAGGACCUCAGAAUUCUCCAGCUACUCCCAGUUCGAGAGAAACUUCUCUCAGAAUCAGCGCACGCCGCCCGCGACCCUCCCCAAACCCGUGAGGACCGUGUCUGUUGGCGUGGGCGACCACAGUGUUGUGGAGCCGUACCUCCUUCAGCCCAGUCUCCCCACGGGCUACGUUCUGUGGGAGAACGAGACGGUCACCGAGCUCCGGUCCACCUCGAUGAUGGAGCAGGAGAGCUACCGCAACCGGAUACCUUCCUUGAAUCUCUCGUUCCAGCAACCGUCGUCGCUGGAAGAGCGGGAGUCUCGUUUCUCCAGCAGCAUGGUGUCGGAAUCCAGCCAGCAGCCACAUUUCACCAUCAAGCAGAUCCAAAGAAACGCUCCUAAAGCUCUCACCAGGUCUGUGGGGAUCGGAGACGGAAAUGUGUUUGAAGGAUCUGGAUUACAUGUGCACGAGAAGGAGUUCAGAACGGUGUUUAUUGGACAGAACGACAAGGUAGCGAAGAGGAAUGUUGGGAUUGAGUGCCGGGUACCCACACGCGAUGUGGGCGUGUCGUUCAUGUGUGAUGAGGAGAAGCCUGAGACCCGCACGAUCGGAGUGAAUGUGAACUAUGACACCAGCGGUGUGCACACCUCUCUGGACUUCAAGGGUGAGACGGAGCUCAGGAUGGCUCUCCGCGGUGUCCUGCAGAGAAAUGUCCGCAGCGUGGCCACGAACUGCAACUUCAAGGUCCCCACUGUUGACUGCGGAACCUACAUGGAUCUGAAAACAGGCAUCAGUGUGGGCUGUGGAGAUGAAGAACACAGAACGGAUGUUGAGAUUCGUAUGCCUGUGGUGAGAAAGAAUGUCUACAUUUCUGCUAAGCCUGAGACUGGUCACAAGUGUGUCAGCACCGAGAAGGGUUGGGCAAUGGAUGUGGGCACAAACACUGCGCCGGUUGACAAGUAUCAUAAGGCGUCCAUGACGGACAAGCAGAGGUGCUCUUUUGCUGCGACAAACACGGAAGUGACCCACACCCGCCAAGCCAACAACCAGACGGAGGUGAAGAUGUUCCUGGCGAUGGACCAGCUGAGACAUGCGGCCAGCAACACACAGAAGAUAGCUACCUACUCCACCGGUGUCGCCACAGAUGUCAAACAGAUGUACACGUGGGUCAACACCACUGAGAAAGUCACUGACCUUUUCCGUAAAGAGGAGGAGCAGAAGACGGUGAUUACAACGACCGAAGUGAAAUCGGUGCCGAAGAAAGUCCUGAUGGUUGACAUAGGUGUUGGGGAUGGUCUUGUCGAAGACCCGUACAUGUUCAGUGAAACUGUAGAGAUUAUUGAGCCUGUGACGACGACACUCACAACAGAAGAGAAGAUUGUUCAGAGAGGAGCGAGCCAGGCGAAUGCAUUCCUUGCCCAGUCCGGUUCCUCUUCCUCCUCUACUCAGCAGCGCACUUCGUCAUCCGACGACGGGUCGCGCUACUCGACCUAUGAGGUGUCCUUACGGAGUGGCUCGACUGCCCCGUCCUCCUCCUACUCCACCUCCAGCACACAAGAAAAGGUCAGCAGCUACGGUGCGAGCACAGCAAGCCGGUCCAGCGUGACGGACCAGACCAGCACCUCACAAGUCUCCACCCCGACCAAAGUUGGCGAAGAAGGCUUUUCAGAGACGGUCGUGGAGCACUACAUCAUCACAGACGAGGGGAAGAAGCUCAUCUCAAAAGAGCGCACCCGCUCCACGACCUCCGGCGGCACAAAUCGGACUGUGCAACAGUUCAGCGACGGCAAUGUCGUUGGAGGAGGAGAAGGAGGAGGAGGAGGAAGCAGCGGUACAGAUGGCAUGUGGUCGUCGUCGUUAUCUCAGUCUCAGAGCUCCUCCUCCUCCUCCUAUGACAGCAGGUCCUACAACGGCUCUGCAGGAGGGGGCAGCCUGACGUACGGUAGUGUGUCUGGGGGUGUCUCUGGGGGUGUCACUGGCACUGCGGGGGAUGCUGGAGGCUAUCAGACCUCCUCCUCCACCACAUCUUAUUCCGGUUACAGUAGUGGUGGGAGCAACCUCGCGAGUGGACUUACGAGCGGUCAGCAAAUCUCCUCCUCCUCAUUGUUGUCUGGGGACUCGAGCGUGAGAGAAAGUACUGGAGGCUACCAGACCUCUAUGUCUUCAUCAAGCUACAGCAGCAGCAGCCGAGGUGUCGGUGGAGGUCAGCAGCAAAUUUCCUCAUCUUUGUUGUCUGGGGACUCUGGCGUGGGCAGUGGAGGCUUCCAGCAGACCUCUAUGUCUUCCUCAGGCUACAGUAGCAGCAGCGGAGGUGUCAGUGGUGGUGUCAGUGGAGGUGUCAGUGGAGGUGUCAGUGGAGGUGUCAGUGGAGGUGUCGGUGGUGGUCAGCAGCAAAUCUCCUCUUCUUCCUCUUCGGUCGUGUCCGGGGGUGAUGUGAGCAGCACGCGUGUUGAGAAAAGCUACAGCACGGUAGUGACCAACCCGUACCGCACAGUGGAGAACCUGGCAGCCGCCUCCUCAUUGGUCAGCGGGUCAGACUCCCUCGACGGAGGCUCCUCCUCCUCAUCCUCCUCCUCCUCUCGCCUCAUGUCGAAAACUUCCAGUGAGGGUAACUUGUAUAAAGAAAAUAAGAAAAACAUGUCGCGCUCCGAGGCGGUUCAGUCUAUGGAGACCAUCUAUGAUAUGAGAAGAGCAGGCUCGGUGGAGGACUUUAUGCCGGACGACAUCCGCAAGUACAUGUCCAUUGACCCCAGCACCUCCAAGGACUCUGGCUUUGGGGAGGAUUUACUCCAGCGCUUUUCAGAGAAGUCCUCGUCCUCCUCCACCUCGUCUUCAUCCGCUGCCCCGUCCUCGGACAAAGCUAGGAGUAUGAAAUCGAUGAAAGUCUCCAAGACGGUGACGACCAAGCGCACGACCCGGUCUGGGGACAAGGUGCACGUGCAGGAGACCAAGACCGUAGAAGGGCCCGGCGGGAAAACCAGCACCACGGUCACCGAGACAGAGGACGGUAAACCCGUGUCCUCCACGCGACUCCAAGAAUCGGAAAGCGGCAGCCGCACCGCAUCGUCUUCUGUGGAAGCUCCCGCAAGCUCGCAGAUGACUUCUCUCUCCUCAUCCUCCACCUCCUCCUCCUCCUCUUCUUCCGCAUUAUCGUCUUCCUUUUCCUCUAGCAGUCGCCAAGCUAGUGGUACAGAUUCGAACCUCAUCUCCUCGGAAAGAGAUGCAUCCGCUCUCAGCGGAUCUUUCAGCAGCAGCAGUGGUGGUGUUGGCAGCAGCAGCAUGAGCUACAGCGAGACCACCAUCUCCACAGUCGGCAGCAGCUCUGGGGUAGGAGGCAGCAGCAGUGAGCAGCAGCAGCAGGAGCAGGAGAUGAUGAGCUACGGCUCCCUGGACCGGCGCACUGGCCAGCUCAAGUCCAUCAUGAAACACACCAAGGCCGAGCUAGAGGCAGCAAGCGGCAAGAAGGGCAUCACUUUUGCUGAGUCCGUCACCGGCGGCACUGGGUCUAGCUCGGAUGAUGACUCCGACUCCACGGCCAGUUUCGAGGAGGGUUCCUACGACAGCCACCAGGGGGCGGUGGUGUACCGUUGUCAGGACGACGAGGCCAUUGCUCAGGGACUGCCCGGGGCCCAGAUGUUUGACCAGAACAUCCGAGAGACGUAUGAGUUGUCCGGGGAGGUGAGAGAGGCUUGCAAGAUCCUAGCCACCUAUCUGAUGGACUCCACCACCAUUCAGACCAAGCAGCUGAACGCCAGCCUGAAUGUGAUCCAGCAGGAGUGGUUCCAGGUGUCGAGCCACAAGCUGUCCACGCCUCACCAGGUGGAAGAUUUCCUCUCCUCCGUCAACGAGAUUUCCAAACGUCUGCUGGAAUACAUCGUCAACAUGACGGACGCUAAUGGUAACACAGCCAUCCACUACUGCAUCUCCCACUGUAACUUUGAAAUCGCCAACCUGCUCCUGGACUCGGAGGUGUGUGACAUCAACCGACAGAACAAGGCGGGCUACACACCCAUCAUGCUGGCCGGCCUGGCCACGCUACAGAACAUGGGCCAGCGAGAGAUUGUCCGCAGACUCUUCUCCUCCGGAGACAUCAACGCCAGGGCCACGGCAACCAUGCAGACGGCUCUGAUGCUGGCGGCGAGCCACGGUCGUGCGGAGACGGUCCGUCUGCUGACAGAGGAGGGGGCAGACGUGAACCUCCAGGACGUGGAUGGCUCCACAGCCCUCAUGUGUGCCUGCGAGCACGGCCACAUGGACAUUGUCAGCUACCUGCUGUCUCAGCCCAACAUCGAUGCCAACCUCAUGGACAACGAGAAUAGCACUGCCCUGACCAUAGCCAUGGAGGCUGGCCACAAGGAUGUGGGCGUGGUCUUGUAUAAGCACCUCAAUUUUUCCACUAAAGCUUCCUCUCCUGGUGUUCACAGAAAGAGAAAAAGUUCCAGCUCCCCCACCCCAAGCUCGUUCGAACUGCGAUGAAGUUGAAGCAGACGUCAGAGUCGGUCCUGUAGAGAUGUGAAGCAAGUGGAGCGGUCUUUUCAAAGACGACAGCUCUCUGCGACAGUGGCACUGAGGAAGAAAGAAAGCAUCACCUGACACGUCCUUCCAACAGAAUUGACAACUGCACCUAACUGUCGCCUUCCACAUAAUACCGUAGUUAUAAUUAUUAGAAAGCAAGAUUCCUCGUACCCAUUAUCAGUUAACUUGAAAUCUGCUUCUAUUUUGCAGUGCCUUAGAAUAACCUGAAGGCUCAUUCAGUGAGAUUUCAAUAGAGUGUUAUAGUUAUCGCCUAGUUCAAGCUGUCAUUUAUGCUCCUUCAGACGUGAAACAAGCUGCAAGAAUCUCAUACUCGUGCAGGUUAUCGAGAGAAUCUUCGAUUGAAGUAGGAGGGGAUUUCUUAUCUAUCCCCUUUCUUUCAAAAUCUCAGUGUUUUAAUCAAAAGUGCGAUAAGAAUGCACGACUGCACUGUGUGGCCCGAUGUUGAUGAAUGUCCGAUAAUGGGAAACAAGAAAAUGUAAGUCAUAGAUUUGAAAGUUGUAAUUUAGAGUGGAAAAGAAGAAAAAUUAGCAGCACAGGUAUAUAUAUUAGUUUUAAAAGACUUGAAACAAUUUCCUUCAUACAAGUUCAUGCUUCAUGUUGAGUCUUCCAGGCUCCAGCAGUGAUUCAUGAAAUGGUCACGGUAAAGUUGAAAUUACGAAAUUAUGGUAAAAAUCUCUGUAGCAUAGAUAUUAAACGCUGCAAUUCUCUUAAUUUAGUAAAGAGUGCUUUCAAACUAAUAUGACAUUGUCGUACUUGUUGAACUGUCAUCUCUGUUUUCAAGCCCUUGAUUAACCAUCACUUAUUCACAAUAUAUAGAGUAUACAGUACCGCUAUGUACCAACCUAAUUAUUGAUGUAUGGCUACAGAGGUAUGGGUAACAUAAAUUUAGAAGUAUUAUUUAUAGUUAGAUAUUAAUCAUGGCUCUGCUUGUCUAGGUAUUGUUCAGUUUGUAUUGUUUGGAAAAAUGUUUCUUAACAAAAUUAUCAAAUUUUUUGUGGGGUUUUACCCAUAUUUUCAAUUGUGGAACUUGAUGCUAUAGGCUUUGCUUAUGAAGCCAAUCAUAGAUUCAUAUGCUGCUUUUGUCAAAGUGAAAUAACUGUGAAGUGGAAAUAAAAAGCACAAGUUUAUUCUUUUCUUUCAGGUGAAAUAUUUUUGCCAUGUGAGACUGAGCAAUGACUAGAUAAAUAGGACAGCUAUUUGUACCCAAUAUUACAUUCUGUAUGAUGAGAGGAAGAUUGGAUGACUGUGCCUACUUCAUUAUUUCAAUGCUUUUAGAGAGCGACAGUUUAAAUGUUGUACCAAGUCCUCUGAUGACUUCUCUUCAAUGUCCAGACUCUCAUAUCGUCAAGUAGACGUGUUCGUUGAUGGGGCAUUCUGAGUACAAACUACAUAUAUGUGAGACAGCGUGGUGAAAUCAGGCGCUCGUCAAAAUAAUAAAAGUCAAGAAAUUGGAAUUUUUCCGCA